AUGUGUGUUUGGGCAGACUAUUCGAUCCGGCCACCGCAAGUCCCAACGGGAUCGUUAACAUCAUUACUUACUCUUGAUCACAAACAAAGCCCCGUGGGCUUUUUGGACAAUGUUUCAUGGCUGUGUGAUGUGGGAAUUAGUCGAUCUAAAAUUCGAAGCAAGAGUCUACCACGAGCCCAUGGACAAAGCUCCGUGUAUAAAAUGUGGCAAAGUGCUGACUCUUUGAAGAUUCAAUUGGACACGCUGGAAAGAUAA